UAGCAACUGAGCAGAUAAAAAGCAAUCGGGUCUGCUGGCUAGCCCACUUGUUGCUUUGUCAUAAACAACCAUAAUACUAAAUAUAGCUUACUUAAGGGAAAUUGUUUUUAUUUACAUCAGGAUGACUAGACAAACGAUCUGUCUAGAUUAUUCUAGUACAUUUUUCUAGUAGACAUGAUUCAUUGGCACUCGAGUAUGAGUCAGGUUGUGUAUAACCUUUAGGAACACGGGAUUAAACGUCAACCCUCUCCACUUAACUACAGAAAUAGGACGACGUGCAAGUGUUUACCAUCUGUACCAGGUCAUGUGGUUUCUAGCGGAACAUCUGCUUAUUACGACGUGUUACGGUAUACUCCAUUUGAGAUCGCCUAUCCCGAUGGUGAAGUCUAUUUUACAGCGUCCCAUCAAACGAUUCAAGAUGUCGGGAUGGUUCUUUAUUCUGCUCAUCGCUGCACUCAGAGACAUUGAUGCCUUCGAAGUACAGGCGCCCCAGCCCAGAGUGGUAGCCGUCUAUAACCAACCGGCUGUUUUGGGCUGUGUGUUUCCCCCUACCCUUGACCUUGGUUCCCCCCUGGAUGAGGGUCUCGUGGUGACAUGGCAGAGGGUAGAAGAUUUGCGGGUGGUCCACAGUUUCUACUACGGAACAGACCAACUGGCGCGCCAGAGCGGGGAGUAUCACAACCGCACUGGACUGUUCCAUUCCCAGCUCCAUGAGGGAAACGCAUCCCUCAGGUUGGAGAGUGUAGGUCCAGGGGAUCAGGGAAGAUAUCUCUGUUCGGUUAAUAACAUGAAGGGGACAGGAAAGGCUGAGGUCCAGCUCAAAUACGCAGCAUUCUACACAGAGCCUCACCUAACAGUCCAGGCCCAGCACUCUUACACGACCUUCCUCUAUGAGACUGAAGGUUACCCAGAACCAGAGGUCCGCUGGUUGGACCCGCAUGGCCAAAACCUCACGCAUAACAUCUCAGUGACCCAGUCGUCCAAGGCCCCAGGCUUGCUCCUCUCCCUCCGAACCCAGCUGGUGAUGCAGGCUGGUGGGGCAGUCAACUACACCUUCUCCCUGAGGAACCAGCUCCUGGAGCAGGUCAUGGAGAGGUCACUGAGUUAUGAGUCAAGCAGUAGAAACCAUGACGACUGUCCCAGAGACAGAUCUACACUGCUGAUGUUGUUCAUCCCUGCUGGAGGCUUGGUUAUUUUCCUCAUAUUCCUUUACUUUCAACACAAACAGACAUGGAAAGCCACAUCUAAAUCACAAAAUAUGACAGAAAUAACUGGACGUAAACGAACUUGUGACAAGAACACUAGUCCUCUAGAGACAAGGACAUCCUACUGCGAAUCGGACGUCUCACCUCCAAGCCCAGUACAUGAAGUUUAAGAGACUCCUUGUUCAUUCUCUGCCAAGUCCAACGUGUGUUUCUGGUCUAGUAGCGUCAUGGUAUCAUCCUACCUGGAGCUGAGAAUGCUGGAAAUCCAGUUGUCAGUCUGGCAGUAACAACGAACCACAGUUUCAUUAGGUGGUGGUAACAUUAAAUGACUCUUUUUCUCUCCAUUGCCCAACAUGGGUCAGAUUACUGGAAAGGGAACCAGACACAAAGCUUCUAUUGAGAGACUUUGUCAUUACAGACCUGAGGGGAAAUGGUCUGACAGAUUUGGUGGGAGGGGCCCCAACCACCAUCCAGAACAGUGUUUCUGGGAAACGAGUGGGAAAUGCCUUUUGUGCAUUGAAAGUAUUCAGAACCCUUGACUUUUUCGACAUUUUGUUACAUUACAGCCUUAUUGUCCUCAUCAAUCUACACACAAUAUCCCAUAAUGACAAAGUAAAAACAGGUUUUAAGAAAUUUUGGUAAAUGUAUUAAAAUAAAAAAACAGAUAGCUUCUUUACGUAAGUAUUCAGUAUUCAACAUGAUUUGGAAAGGCCCCCUCAACCCCUCCCAUCUAUCUCUGAACACCAUCCAGUCCUUCAGCUCCACUCAACCCCUCCCAUCUAUCUCUGAACACCAUCCAGUCCUUCAGCUCCACUCAACCCCUCCCAUCUAUCUCUGAACACCAUCCAGUCCUUCAGCUCCACUCAACCCCUGCCAUCUAUCUCUGAACACCAUCCAGUCCUUCAGCUCCACUCAACCCCUCCCAUCUAUCUCUGAACACCAUCCAGUCCUUCAGCUCCACUCAACCCCUCCCAUCUAUCUCUGAACACCAUCCAGUCCUUCAGCUCCACUCAACCCCUCCCAUCUAUCUCUGAACACCAUCCAGUCCUUCAGCUCCACUCAACCCCUCCCAUCUAUCUCUGAACACCAUCCAGUCCUUCAGCUCCACUCAACCCCUCCCAUCUAUCUCUGAACACCAUCCAGUCCUUCAGCUCCACUCAACCCCUCCCAUCUAUCUCUGAACACCAUCCAGUCCUUCAGCUCCACUCAACCCCUCCCAUCUAUCUCUGAACACCAUCCAGUCCUUCAGCUCCACUCAACCCCUCCCAUCUAUCUCUGAACACCAUCCAGUCCUUCAGCUCCACUCAACCCCUCCCAUCUAUCUCUGAACACCAUCCAGUCCCAUCCUUCAGCUCCACUCAACCCCUCCCAUCUCUGAACACCAUCCAGUCCUUCAGCUCCACUCAACCCCUCCCAUCUAUCUCUGAACACCAUCCAGUCCUUCAGCUCCACUCAACCCCUCCCAUCUAUCUCUGAACACCAUCCAGUCCUUCAGCUCCACUCAACCCCUCCCAUCUAUCUCUGAACACCAUCCAGUCCUUCAGCUCCACUCAACCCCUCCCAUCUAUCUCUGAACACCAUCCAGUCCUUCAGCUCCACUCAACCCCUCCCAUCUAUCUCUGAACACCAUCCAGUCCUUCAGCUCCACUCAACCCCUCCCAUCUCUGAACACCAUCCAGUCCCAUCCUUCAGCUCCACUCAACCCUUCCCAUCUAUCUCUGAACACCAUCCAGUCCCAUCCUUCAGCUCCACUCAACCCCUCCCAUCUAUCUCUGACCACCACCCAGUAGUGCUAUACACCCAGCAGUGCUAUUUGCAGAGCUAGCUCCAGGUAAAUAUUGUCCUUCUACAGCCAUCCCUGUACCUGAGACUAAAAACAAGCUUCAUAUGGACAGUACAAAAACAAAUGAUCUAAUAAUCGAAUCUUCGCAUAAAAAUCUGCAGAGCUGGGAUGGUUGUAUCCCCCAUAUAAAUAACAUUCCAUUGGUUACAAGCAUUUUGUAUAAUAAUUCAAAAUUGGAAAAACUCUUUAAGGUUUUGAAUCCAGCAUUUGUGUAUCAGUUCAUAAACCAUGUGCAUUGAAAAUUUAUUCCCAACAAUAAUUGCAAUAAAUAAACAUUUCAAUUUCAAUUAAGGACCAAAAACAUUGACAGCUGUGCAAUGUGGAUUUGCAAAAUUGUUGGGAAUUUGCGCAUUGAAAAUUUCUUCCCAACAAUUUUGCAAAUCCACAUUGCACAGCUGUCAAUGUUUUUGGUCCUUAAUUGAAAUUGAAAUGUUUAUUUAUUGCAAUUAUCUUUAGCCAAUUUUAUUCUUUAAUGCCGAAAGUAAAGUCCCUUUUCCUUCCACUUUCCUCUUCCGUUUUUGCUGUAAUGCUGCAAUAAAUUGGUACCGAUUUUGAGUGGAACAGACAUUUCCAUCUUUUGUUGUUGUGUUGAGAACUAACUCCACCUGUCCUAUUUAUGAUGAUACCUAUUUAUUUUCAUUUUAAUUGUUUUAAAUAUUUAAUCAAUUUGUAUAUUUGAGUUUAUAUUUGUGGUAAUAUUAGUUCUGUAUUUUCUGUUGGAUCAAAGUCGAAAUGUCAAUCAAAGUCGAAAUGUCAAUCAAAGUCGAAAUGUCAAUCAAAGUCGAAAUGUCAAUCAAAAAUGUCAAUCAAAGUCGAAAUGUCAAUCAAAGUCGAAAUGUCAAUCAAAGUCGAAAUGUCAAAGUCGAAAUUGCAAUCAAAGCCGAUUAGUAAGAAUGUCUCAAGAAUGUCUCAAGAAUGUAAGAAUGUCUCAUACUUCUAUGGCUUGUUUGAAAAAUAGCAAUAUUUUGGAGAUUCUUUUUAUUUUCAAAUAACCAACAGUGAGAGGUUGUAAUCUGAAUAAAGGGGAAAAAGGCCAUUCUUUAACAUGGGGUGAGACAUUCCUACUAA